AUGAUUAAGGAACCAUAUUAUACCAGCAUCUCGUCAAUCAAACCAAAAAAUGCAAACAAUUAUUCUUUAAUCGCGUAUGACUUGCCUAUAAUUCAGCCAACGUUGCAAAAUGCGCCACGGCAAGAAGUAAACGAUGUUGUGCGCCAACACCGUCACCAUCUCCACCAUAGAAAGGAUUCAAUAGAACCAUAUUAUAGUAAACCCAGACGGUUAAGUGGGUUGCCUCCUGUUAUUUUAAAUCAGUUUAUGUAUAAAGAUGAAUCGGAAGAUGAUAGCUGUGCUGUUAUUUCUGAUGAUGAGGAUGAGUGUAUUGACAAUCAUGUGGUUAAUCCACCCAAAUCGUUACUUAGAACUGUUUCUGAUAAUUAUGAUAGUGAGACCGAAGAAGAGGUAAACUUUGCAAAGCUAAUGCAGCCAAUUGGUGCCCUUCCCAAGGUUGAUAAAACGUGUUCUGAUUGCGAGGACUUGUCUGAAGUCAAUGAAAUUUUGUUAGCGCAAGUAAACAAUCCCAAUAUUUUGAUUAACUUUAGGGAAAGAACAUUAUCAAAUGGGUUAUCUCCACCGUUGAUUCAUCAGACUUUGUUUCUGAACGACAAUUAUGAUGUUGUAUAUAAAUCAGAAAUUAGGGACGAUUAUGAUGGCAAUCAUUGUGAGUAUUUAAUUUAG